CAAGAAGUGUCAUUGUGACAUUGAUAGCAAGAGCUGUUCGGUUGUUGUGCCUAUCUACUGUCUCGUCCCUCCAUCCAACGUCCGUGAUCCAAUUUUUUUAAACCCUGCUAGUGUAGCUUUACAGCCUUUAGCACUUUCCUUCUCUCAGGGGUACACGUCGCAUCGUCGCAAGGGUAUUUUCCAAAAGAAAUUAGUCCAAAUCGUACGUGUUGAGUUCAGCUCUGGCUCAGGCAAGUCAGAAAAAGUGGCUGUGAAAAUGAAGAACGAAGACGUGCUCACCGAGUUCAAGGCCAUUCUGCGCAAUGAGCCUCACAUCUCCGCCGCCGUGGCCGCCAUCAAAAUCCUCAGCCUCUACAUCGAGAGCAGUGAAGCGGGAACACUGCAAGAGUUGAACGGCGACCUGAAGGUUGUCAUAGCGAUACUAACUGGCGGCAACGUGGCCACGAUGUCGGUCGAGUCUGGCUGUGAGCUCUUUCUCCGCUUCAUUACGCUGACAUCACUAGACAAUCCGGACUUUGUUGAGUGCAAAAAGAAGCUUCUAGAGAGAGGCCGUAUGUUUAUGCAGCUGUCGUCGCACUCGCGAGACAAGAUUGCAGACCUUGGUUUGAACUUCUUACGCGACGGUGCGACAAUCUUAGUUCACUCUUACUCGCGAGUAGUACUACAGUUGAUUCUGAAGGCGUCCGCGAUGAACCGAUGUUUUACUAUUUACAUCACCGAGUCACAGCCGGACAGAUCAGGAUAUCGUAUGCGCGAUAAGCUAAAAGAACAUAGCAUUCAUGCUGAUGUCGUGCUCGACUCUGCCAUCGGGUAUCUAAUGAGGAAGGUGGACUUGGUCAUGGUGGGGGCUGAGGGAGUUUGCGCCAGUGGUGGAAUCGUCAACAAGAUUGGCACCUACCCGAUGGCAGUCAUGGCCAAGGAGUUGAACAAACCGUUUUAUUGCGUAGCUGAGAGUUUUAAGUUUGUACGCUUCCUGCCACUCAGCCAGGCUGAUCUUCCCACGGCUUCUUCGCAGGCUGUGUGCGUUGAGGAUCCGUCUCUGCCACCGUCCUCCUCCGCCAACGGCAACGUACAUAACGCCGAGUGUAACGGUGUUGCCACGGCGGCCGGUACUGCCUGGGAUCCGGCGCGCGUCAACGCCAUUGACUACACGCCGGCGGAGUACAUCACGCUGCUCUUCACCGACCUGGGCGUCCUCACGCCGUCGGCGGUCAGCGACGAGCUAAUCAAGCUCUACCUCUGAGCGACAGUCGCCCACCCGCGUGCCGUGGCAUCGUCGCGUGCUCUGACCUAAAUUGACAUGUGCUUCAAGUUCAAGCAGGGAGUAGUAAAAUACUGGUAGUUUACUACUCCCUGGCUUUCCGUGUACAUUGUACAGAAGUCGAACUGGUCCACUCUCUGUAGUCACAUUUGCACAUAUCACUAGUGUACAUUAUGUACAGUUUCAACCGGGGAGUCGUAAAAUACCGGUAUUUUACGACUCCCUGGUUUCAACCUUGUCGUCGUCGUUUAAUUGUUGUUUUUCUUGGUUUCUCGCUGUCUUUCUUAGACCUGUUUGUACAUAGGGAUGGAUGCGAUGCGCUAUUUUUUUUUUAACUGUACGAUAUCAUGUCUUGUCCGUCUUUUCUGCAGUCUUGUGUCAAAAACGUUGCUGUUAUAUUUUUUCGAUUCAAUUGGUGAUGGUCUACCGUGUGUGGAGUCGUUUGUUUUACAGGCAAAUAUGACUCGUGGUUCUCUUCGCUCGA